GUGUUUCCUCAUGUUGAGAGAGAGAGAGAGAGAGAGAGAGAGAGAGAGAGAGAUAGAGAUUGGUCUCUCACUAAACUAACUAUUACAGCAGCGAGCGAGCGCAGAUCUGUGGACAUAAACAAAUGCGCGUAGGCUGCCGAAGACACUUUAAUGUUCGCUAUUGCUUAAACUAUCCGGAUUAACGAGACUAACCCCGAGCCGCCUCUGCUUCUUUUUAACGCGGAUCUCCGACGAUAUCUAUGUAUUAUUCCGACUGAAUUCAGCGAAAAUGACGGAGCUAAGAAGGCGAGGAGGAGGAGAUCCUGACAGCACAGAAAACAUCAGUGACAAGGAGGCAGAUGGCGAUGACAAGUUCUGUUUUCCUGGUGAGGGAGAAGGAGACGCAGAGGGCGAGUCCAAAGCGGACACACCAGACGUGCCACCUUCCACAGAUAACACUCCAGAGUGUCUCAACAAAGCCCUGGAGGGCUUGUCAUCAAGAUGGAAAAACUGGUGGAUAAGAGGCAUAUUGUCAAUGACAAUGAUUACUGGCUUUUUCCUCAUCAUCUAUUUGGGACCCAUUAUGCUCAUUUUAGUGGUCAUGAGUAUUCAAAUCAAGUGUUUUCAUGAAAUUAUAACCAUUGGUUAUAGAGUUUACCGUUCCUAUGAACUGCCAUGGUUUAGGACUCUCAGUUGGUACUUCUUGAUUUGUGUGAACUACUUCUUUUAUGGUGAGACAGUGGCAGAUUAUUUUGGCGCCCUCGUCCAAAGGGAGGAACCUUUGCAGUUCCUUGUGCGUUAUCAUCGGUUCAUUUCGUUUGCAGUGUAUUUGGCAGGUUUCUGCAUGUUUGUUCUGAGUUUAGUGAAGAAACAUUACCGCCUGCAGUUUUAUAUGUUUGCUUGGACCCAUGUGACCUUGUUGAUUGUGGUGACUCAGUCACAUCUGGUCAUUCAGAACCUGUUUGAAGGGAUGAUCUGGUUCAUACUUCCUAUUUCUACUGUGAUCUGUAAUGACAUCAUGGCCUACAUGUUUGGCUUCUUCUUCGGAAGAACUCCACUUAUUAAGCUCUCUCCAAAGAAGACCUGGGAAGGCUUCAUCGGAGGAUUCUUUGCAACAGUGGUCUUUAGCUUCUUUUUUGCGUACCUGCUGUCCCAGUACCAAUACUUUGUGUGUCCGGUGGAGUACAACAGCGAGACGAAUCGCUUCGCUGUAGAGUGUGAACCCUCAAAUCUGUUUGUGAUUCAGGAAUACAGCCUGCCUGCAGUGGUGCAAAAUGUCAUUAGAUGGAAAACCGUCAACCUCUACCCAUUUCAGAUCCACAGUAUUGCAUUGUCUGCUUUUGGCUCUCUGAUCGCACCAUUCGGUGGAUUCUUUGCCAGUGGCUUCAAACGUGCUUUUAAAAUAAAAGACUUUGCUGACACCAUCCCUGGUCAUGGUGGGAUGAUGGAUCGCUUUGACUGUCAAUACCUGAUGGCUACAUUUGUUCAUGUUUACAUUGCAAGUUUUAUCAGGGGACCCAAUCCCAGUAAGGUCUUACAGCUGCUGCUCACCUUGCAACCAGAGCAGCAACUCAACAUCUUCAACACACUUGGUAACCACCUGCGGGAAAAAGGUGUAUUGCCCCCUGCAGUCGAGGAAGCCCACUGAUGGAAAACUACCACAGCAGACAAAAACAGCACAUGUCUUAUUGACUGUGAUCACACAAGCACACUCCCAAUUAACUGUACACCAGCUGCUGGAGCUUCCAUACAAUAAUUUGAGAGUGACACGUGCUGCAAACUCUCAACCCAUUCAAACUCAGCGUUUGCAGGAGGACAAUGACCACAAGAGGGAAGCAUAAUUCUUUUAACCAGAACCUCUGUUCGGAGAAAUCAGCACAUGGGAUCUUUCGAUCAGCACACAUGCAAAACAAAGGAUGAUGUACGUGGUGAGUAAAUGUACGGCAUUUGUAAAUGCAAAUGUACGUGAAGUGAUAUUGUUGCACUGAUUCUGAUAGUGAUUCUUUCUUAACGUACGAGUAGGAGAUUACAAGUAUAAGUGCUUUGAGACUGCAAUAACUCAUAAUGGUGACUUUUGACUUCAUGAUGGAGAUUUCUGAGAUGCCAUAAUUGUCAUGGUUACCAAAUAGAAGUGAUUUGUAACAGGGUCCUAAACGUAAAAAAAACCUUUAAAAACAAGUCUUAAACAGAAGCAUGUUCUUAAAUCCUACUGUUACUACUGAAAAUAGCCAUGUUCUGCUUUCCUUUCCGCGUUAAAUGUUUUUGUGUGAAAAUAAUUUAUAUGUUUCUCUAUAUAAAUAUAUAUAGAUUAUAUAUGGCUUACAAAAUUAUGCAAAAUGAUAUGCAGAAAGACCUAGAUCUAACUUUAUUUUCCUAAAUCAAGCAUGAAUAUACCUCUUUAAG